CGCUCCUUUCUCCUCUCCCUCGUGAGACUCUCUCUCUCUCUCUCGUGUAAAUGCAACAGUAGCGGCUUCGUUUUUACUCAUUUCAUGAACAUCUCGUCUCCUCUCUCUCUCUCUCUCUCUCUCUAUUAAUGUAACAUAAUCCCAUCUCCGACACAACUGACCGGAAACGCCUCCAAUGCCGCUACCAUUCUCCAUUCAAAAAUCCUGAAAAACCGUAUAUAUUAGAGAGAGAGGGAGGGAGAGAGAGAAUAAUGGGGGUUUUGAAAGAAUCGUGGUGUUUCUGCUCGGGCAGCGGGCGGUCGGAGAGGAUGAAGGGCAACAUCUUCAGCAGCAAGGGCCCCGCAAUGGCGGCUAUUUCAGGUGGGACGGGGUUCUUGAUCCACAGGAACCUGCUACUCACGACGCACAUCAACCUUCCGUCCGUCGCUGCUGCUGAGGCUGCCGACGUACGGCUGCAGGACCACGUCGCCGCCCGGCUUGUUCCUCACAGGUUUUUCAUUACCAGUUCUGUUCUUGAUCUUACAAUAGUGGGGUUUGAUACCAUGGAUGCUGACUCAAUGUCCCAGGGGCAGCAGCCCCAUUUUUUAAAGACCUGCUCCAAUCCAGGUUUAGAUCUAGGCAGUGUAGUCUAUCUUCUUGGCCACACAGAGAAGAAGGAGCUGACAGUUGGCGAGGGAAAAGUGGUGAUAGCCACUGAUAAUCUCAUUAAAUUAUCUACUGAUGGAGUGACCUGGAGCCCUGGAUCUGCUGGUUUUGAUGUUCACGGCAAUCUAGCCUUCAUGGUCUGUGAUCCCAUGAAGCUAGCCUCAUCCCCAACUGCAAAAUCUUCUUCCACCUCAUCAUCAUCAUCGUCAUCAUGGAAGAAGGAUCUUCCCAUGCAAUUUGGAAUCCCCAUUCCUAUCAUCUGUGAUUGGUUAAACCAACACUGGGAGGGCAGCUUGGAUGAACUUAGCAAGCCCAAAUUACCACUUAAACGAUUGAUGUCUACGGGACAAAAGAGCGAGCAUUCUUGCACCUCCUUUACCAUGCGCCGUGUUUUCAAGUCAGCGGAGGGGGAAAUUGACGAUGAGUCGGCAUCAUCGCAGAUAAUCUCAAGACCCGUGAAUCAGCCUGGAUCAAGCUGUAAUGCUGCAACGAAUGUCUACCAUGAGGAAAACCCGCUUGCUAAUCUCCGUCCUUCUACCCACGAGCAAGGUAUUCCAACCCCAGAGAUAUAUGAAUCACCGAGGUUGACAGCAGGACCGAUUCUGAGGAAGGAAAACACCCAGUCCCAGCUUUUGGAUAUUAAUUUCCCGCCGAGGGUUCCCAGAGCCACAACCCUGCCAUUGGCCAUCAAGCAGUUGCUCCCAAACUUGGACGGAAAUGUUGUUGAGAAACUCAAAUUACAGAACCCAUCAAGAGAUGACCCGUCAGGAUCAGCAAAUCCUGAUGCAGAUGCUGAUAGUAUUCCUGUUGAAUCUAUUCCGGGUGAUCAUAGUGAGGUCCAGUCCUGUUCGUCCCCAUUAGAGGUUUUGGAAUCACAGAACGAGGCAGAUGGGUUCCAAGCUGAUUAUAGCAGUGAGGGAGAGACAAUGUAUUCGGCCGAAACAAUGGAGAGCAGGAACUACACUAGUCCUAGAGAGGGCAGGUUUCAGCAAGUUGGAAGGAGCCAGAGCUGUGUGAAUUACAGCCGUUGGGGUGCGGCUCAAAGGAACACAGCAGCACAUAGAGGGGCUUUGGAGAUGCAGCGUAGCCUAGUCCAGGAAAGGAAAAUGUUUUCACAGACAGCGGUAUCUCAGAGGACAAGGAGCAAUGACUUUUUGAGCCCUACUGUCUCAUCAAUCAUGAAGAAGAGAAACAAUUCGGAGCAGCAGCUGCCAAGACCCCGGCAGAGUACAGUCCAGCUUUCUCCGAGAUGGAUUUGAUCGGUUUCUUGCAGAUUAUGACGCUUCCGAUGGACCACCAAUCAUGUUUAAUGUCAACGUGCUUAAAAAUUGUGCCAAUCUCACCUAGGUUAGCCUUUACCGUAGCCCAAUUUUUUUGUGGAGAUAUACUGAACGGAGGAGCAGUGUUUCUUUGCGUUGCCCAGAAACCAUACUGGUGGGCCCCACCUGAUGAUACGGACUGUUCAUCCAGUGGGUUCUGAAAACCUUAAUGAUCUGAUUGGUGGGUCUGAAAAUGGGCAGGCUAGCCAAUGGUUCUCAAAUUCCACCUAUUAUUAUGGCCAAGACCUUCUGAUAGAAGAGGUGUUUGGGGUGUGAUCCAUUCAUGAUGAGGCCCACCUGGUAGAACUGUGUGGACCAUGGAAAGGCCUCCCCACCUUCGGUUGCUGGCCAAAGCAAGAAAAGCCAUUCCGUUCGGCCAGAGUCUAGACAUUGUAGCAUAUUUCCUCCCUUUUUGUGAUUGUAUGUGCAGAAUGCUGUAAGAUGAAUAAGCAAAUUCAGCAAGAUAUGGUAGAUCUGCUUCA